UUGGCAUAACUGAGUUAGAGAUACAGAGACUCUAAUGCGUCUCUGAGGCCAAUAGCAGGAGGACUUAGGAGGGGGGAUAACACCAGACUUUGGAGAAGAAUGGGGUUAGGAACAGGGAAUGAUAGGUACAAGUUGGCAGCAACCUCUAAGAAUCAAGCAAAAAAGAAGACAAGGGGGAAGAGAGAUCAAAAAGACCUAGAAGAACUGAAGAAAGAAGUGGACCUGGAUGAUCAUAAAUUGAGCUUGGAUGAGCUUCAACACAAAUAUGGCACUGACCUUAACAGAGGUUUGUCCAGUUACCGUGCUAAAGAAAUUUUUGACCGUGAUGGCCCCAAUGCUUUGACUCCCCCUACUACAACUCCUGAAUGGGUGAAGUUCUGCAAACAGCUCUUUGGGGGAUUCUGCACUCUGCUGUGGAUUGGUGCUUUCCUCUGUUUUCUGGCUUACACAAUACAGGUUACCACCGAGAGUGAGCCUGUAAAUGAUAAUCUCUACCUAGGUAUUGUACUUGCAGCUGUGGUGAUGGUCACAGGGUGCUUCUCAUACUAUCAAGAGGCUAAAAGCUCAAAGAUCAUGGAGUCCUUCAAAAAACUUGUCCCACAGCAAGCACUGGUUGUUCGUGAUGGUGAGAGAAAGAGCAUUAAUGCUGAAGAUGUGGUUGUUGGUGAUCUUGUGGAGAUUAAAGGGGGUGAUCGAAUCCCUGCUGAUCUACGUAUUAUUGCUGCACAGGGAUGCAAGGUGGACAACUCCUCCCUUACUGGAGAAUCUGAGCCCCAGAGUCGUACUCCUCAAUUUUCACAUGAAAACCCACUAGAGACAAAGAAUAUUGCAUUCCUUUCCACAAAUUGUGUUGAAGGUUCUGCCACAGGUAUUGUGAUCAACACUGGUGAUUGCACUGUGAUGGGUCGCAUUGCUAUACUUGCCUCCAGCCUUGAAGUUGGACAGACACCAAUUAACAUAGAGAUUGAACAUUUUAUCCACAUUAUCACUGGUGUGGCAUUUUUCCUGGGUGGUACCUUCAGCAUCUUGUCCCUCAUCCUUGGAUAUACCUGGCUGGAAGCUGUCAUCUUUCUUAUUGGACUCAUUGUUGCUAAUGUACCUGAAGGUUUACUUGCCACAGUCACUGUUUGUUUGACUCUGACUGCCAAACGAAUGGCCAAGAAGAACUGCCUAGUGAAGAAUCUUGAAGCUGUGGAAACUCUUGGCUCCACCUCCACCAUCUGCUCAGACAAGACAGGAACCCUCACUCAGAACCGAAUGACUGUGGCUCACAUGUGGUUUGACAACCAGAUCCAUGAGGCUGACACUACAGAGAACCAGAGUGGAACCUCGUUUGACAGAACCUCUCCUACAUGGUCGGCCCUCGCUCGUGUGGCCGGCUUGUGCAACCGUGCUGUCUUCCUUGCAGAACAGAGCGAUGUUCCCAUUCUUAAGAGGGACACCAGUGGUGAUGCUUCAGAAUCAGCCCUACUAAAGUGUAUCGAACUCUGCUGUGGUUCAGUGAAGGACAUGAGAGAGAAAUACACAAAGAUUGCUGAGAUCCCCUUCAACUCCACCAACAAAUACCAGCUCUCAGUUCACAAGAAUCCAAACACCUCAGAGACCAAACACCUGCUAGUAAUGAAAGGAGCUCCUGAAAAAAUCCUGGACAGAUGCUCAACCAUCAUGAUUCAGGGAAAAGAUCAGCCAUUGAAUGAAGAAAUGAAGGAUGCAUUCCAAAAUGUAUAUUUGAAACUGGGUGGUCUUGGAGAAAGAGUGCUAGGUUUCUGCCAUUUCAACCUCCCUGAUGACCAGUUCCCAGAGGGCUUUGCUUUUGAUAUUGAGGAGGUGAACUUUCCCACUGAGAACCUGUGCUUUGUUGGCUUAAUGUCCAUGAUUGAUCCUCCACGUGCUGCAGUACCAGAUGCAGUAGCCAAGUGCAGAAGUGCUGGAAUCAAGGUUGUCAUGGUUACAGGUGAUCACCCAAUCACAGCUAAGGCCAUUGCUAGGGGUGUGGGUAUCAUCUCUGAGGGCAGUGAGACUGUGGAAGAUAUUGCAGCACGACUGAACAUCCCUGUUACAGAGGUUAAUCCUAGAGACGCAAAGGCCUGUGUGGUCCAUGGAGGAGAGCUGAAAAAUAUGGCUUCAGACCACCUGGAUGAUAUUUUAAAGCACCACACCGAGAUUGUGUUUGCUAGAACAUCUCCACAGCAAAAACUCAUCAUUGUUGAAGGUUUCCAACGCCAGGGUGCCAUUGUGGCUGUGACAGGUGAUGGCGUCAAUGAUUCUCCUGCUCUGAAGAAGGCUGAUAUUGGUGUUGCUAUGGGCAUCGCGGGAUCUGAUGUCUCCAAACAGGCUGCUGAUAUGAUUCUCCUUGAUGACAACUUUGCCUCCAUUGUGACUGGUGUUGAGGAAGGUCGUCUUAUCUUUGACAACUUGAAGAAAUCCAUUGCAUACACCCUGACAAGUAAAAUCCCUGAGAUGUCACCAUUUCUCUUCUUCGUCAUUGCUGGCAUUCCUCUUGCUCUGGGCACUGUCACUAUCCUAUGCAUCGAUCUGGGAACUGACAUGGUUCCUGCUAUCUCUUUGGCCUAUGAAGGUCCUGAGAGUGACAUCAUGAAGAGGCAGCCCAGAAAUGCCAAAACAGACAAACUGGUGAAUGAAAGGCUCAUUAGCAUGGCAUACGGUCAAAUUGGAAUGAUGCAGGCAGUUGGGGGAUUCUUCACUUACUUUGUGAUCCUUGCUGAGAAUGGUUUCCUUCCCUUGUUUCUGAUCGGACUGCGUGUACAUUGGGAUGAUCCAUAUAACAAUGAUCUGGAGGAUAGCUAUGGACAGCAGUGGACUUACGAACGCAGAAAAAUAGUGGAAUACACAUGCCACACUGCAUUUUUUGUCAGCAUUGUGAUUGUGCAAUGGACUGAUUUGAUCAUCUGUAAGACCAGGACAAACUCACUCAUACACCAGGGAAUGAAAAACAAAGUCCUCAACUUUGGCCUGCUUGAAGAGACGGCACUCGCAGCCUUCCUGUCUUACUGCCCAGGAAUGGAUAUUGCUGUUAGAAUGUAUCCACUCAAACCAUGGUGGUGGUUAUGUCCUGUACCAUAUUCACUUCUCAUCUUUGUCUAUGAUGAGAUCAGAAAAUACCAUCUUCGUCGGAACCCAGGAGGUUGGAUAGAAAAAGAGACAUACUAUUAAACCACCAUGACUCUGCCCCUAACACCUCCUCCAUGUGCAGUACUGAAAAUAAUAUUUUUUGUUUUUAUUUAUACAAUAAAAACAUCUCCUGGGUAAGCAA